UGUAUAAAUACAAUACCCAGCUGACUCUAGGGUUAGUCUACUCUUACGCUGACACAUGAGUGUUCUCUGUGUCCUGUCGACGUCCUGUUUGAGUGUUUUUAUCCAGACUGUUCAUCGCGAGAAUUUACCAUACCCGUCGUUUCCCAAAACAUAAUUGAAACGUUCUCACAAAGAUUAUAAUGAAAUAGGCAAAUAAAAACACCAACAAAUGGAAUCACUGAACGCAUAGGAAGAAAAAGAAUAAGAAGAGUUAGGAGAGGAAGAAGAAUUAUAAGAAGAAAACACACAUCCCGAACCGGUAAUCCCUUCGCGAUGGAGCGUCGCGGUCGGAACUCCGGGCCGCUUGGCCUCCUUCUGUUGGCACUCGCGGCUCCUUCGGCGGCGUUCCUGGGUCGAGGGACGAUACUGGAGAGGGAAGGUGACAUCUUCGGGAUCUACUGCGAUGAGUUCGACAGAGGCACGCGUGUGUGGCAUCACAGGGAGAUCACCAGGGAGGCAGUGAGGAAAGUCAUCGUAGAUUAUUUCAGAACGGUGCCUCCAGCCAAGGGGGUUUACAACCACCGCGACGGCAUGACGCUGGAGGAGGCCUACGCGGAGUACUUCGGCGCCGAGUCCUCCCCGAAGCCGUUCCUCUCGACUGUAGCUUCACUCGUGGACGCCGCCGCCGAAGCCGACGCGGGCUACCUCGGCUCCGAUCCGAGGUACCAUUUCGGCAGCGAGAGGUUCUCCGAGUCUCAGCAGAUACUGACGGGGCGUUGGCCGCGGAUCGUAAAGGCAAUACAGGCUGGUGACUACAGCGCCGCCAUCUACAUGCUCGGCCUGUCCCUCAGUGCAAUACAGGACUUCUAUUCCUAUUCGAAUUGGGUCGAAUUAGGCAAUGAGGAAUUCAAUCCAGAUGUUGGAAUAUCCGGCCUUGCUCUGUCCGACGUGGCGGACCCGCAGGACAGCACGUGCAAGGACUGCCCGAAGGACGCCAGCGGGGUCGGCGCCUGUCCUGACAACCUCCUUCAGGACAUUCUCGACGCUGGCAAACUCACGUCUGGAUAUAAUGAUGGAGACGCUGUGGCAGGCAUGAGGGUGGAGAAGCCGAGGGGCGUAGCUAAAUGCAGCCACGGAGGUUCGAGGGACAAGUCAAGGAACACGGGGGCAAGAGGAGGGAUCAACAAAGAGCUCCCGACCGCCUGCUUCUCGCCUCAUCACCAGCUGCAUGAGAAGGCAGCGCAGCAAGCCAUCCAGGCGACCGAGUACUACCUGACCCUAGUGCGCGGGGCAGUCGGCGAUGACCUCUUCGUCCGCUUCCUGGGCCUAUACCCGACACCAGCGCUGGUUCUCGUCCUGGACACGACGGACUCCAUGGACAAGGAACUCGCAGCCCUCGUCCACACGGCCAGCCGCCUCGUCCAGCAGCACACCAGCGCCACCUACCCGCCCUCCGAGUACCUCUUCGUGCCCUUCAACGACCCAACUUACGGCCCAGUGACGAGGUCUCAGAGGCCGGACGAAAUAUACCAAGCUCUGACAUCUUUGCGAGCCACUGGGGGAGGAGACGAGGCGGAGCUCAGCAUGUCCGCCCUCAGACUGGCCCUGCACCACGCCCCGCCUCACGCCCACGUCUUCCUCUUCACGGACGCUUCUGUCAAGGAUCCCGAACUUUUUGACACAGUGGUGGGCCUCGCGCACGCUAAGAGCAUCAAGGUGACGCCCGUGCUGACAAUGCCAGUCGACUACGGCGGGAUAAGCGGAAGGAUGCUUCUCCCUGAGAUCGAGGAGGAGGAGAAUGUAACGCUGAGUGAUGAUGCGGCCAGUGACAUCGCUGAGGUCACGGCGGGGAGCGAGAUGGAGGGAAAUGCUAUCAGUCAAGGAGGAGGUUUCGGAAGUAUAAGCAGGAGCAGGCGCGCUGCUCGCACGGGCCGCCCUCGACGGCAGCUGCGGAGCUUCUCGAAGUACGCGGAGCUGGCAGAGCGGACCGGCAGCCAGGUGGUCGAGUCCCCCGGCGACCGCGUGGAGGAGACGGCCAGGAUCGUGGAAGGAGCCGCGAAGCAGGCAGUUUUGUGGAAGGACAUCGGCGUGACGUCAUCGCAACGAAUCAAGGUUCCCAUCGAUUCGCUAAUCAGUGGCUUCGAGGUGUCUUUGACCGGCCGCCUUUCCUCGGCAGUCCUCACAACACCGUCUGGUUCAAGAUUCGACCUACUUACACGAAAUAACAACGCUGGCCGUGGCUAUGCCGUGGUGGCUUUUACUCCAUACCUUGCACGGAUCCGCGUUGACAUGACUCAGCGUCCGAACGACGUGGGAGAAUGGACCCUGCAGUUCAACCCUUCAGAUGAGUCAUCGGUUGUUAUUUCAGCCCACACACCCAUGGACAUCAUGCCCACCUUUUAUACUCCUGAUACAUUUGGCAAUCACCCUUCUUUGCAAAGGGUAGCUGGUCAGCCAAGUAGAAGUUCUGAUACCUAUCUGGACGUUGUUAUCACCGGCGUCGACACCUCAAACCUCCGUCGUGUAGACAGAGCGUACCUGAAGGACUCAACGGGAAGGGAGCUCCUCAACCUUGACUUCCCCAUCAAGAGUCCCAGGAGGAACACGUAUCUAAAGUUUCCUUCCCGAAAUCUUCAAGCUGGACGGUUUACGGUGGUUGUCACGGGUGUUGACGGCAGUGGACGUCCCUUCCGACGCGAGAGUGGGACGCAGUGGGACCUAGUAGAUUCCUCGUUGGGCUUUCCUUUAGGGCGAGAGGUCUGGGGAUCUCCCGGAGACAGCCUCAGGAUACCUGUCGUCAUUGCGAACACUAAUGCUGAUAAUAUCGCACAGAGCACCUACUUUGUUAGUGCUUAUGAUGCUUUAGGCUCCACCGUGUCACUUGACCAAAAGAGAGUGACACUGGGAAGGAACGAGUCGGUGGUUCUGACAGUGACAAUGGUCAUGGCUUCCUCAGCUCUGCCGUACACGACUAACACCCUGAUCGUCACAGCCAUCUCCAACCGGGGUGACACUUCCCAUACUCAGGCACAUAUCUCUGUUGUCCCGAAGGCCUUCCUUGCCGACAGGACGCCCCCGACGUGCCAAGUGCUCAGCAAGACCCCAUGCACAGGCUACCUAACCCCAGAGACUUGCAACCAGCGGUACUGGCAGACGGUCGUCGGGCUCUGGGAUGCAGGAUCAGGAAUUUUCCAAGUGUCGACCAGCCCUCCAUCCGACAUUCCUAUCUUUGUCAGCGGGACCCAUCAGCUCAGUGUGACCUACAAUGCCCUCUGCUGCAGUCCGAUGGUGACCGUUAGUGUGUACGACGCGGCGGCCAACCUAGGAGUUUGUAACGUUGAUAACGGCAUUCUUGGAGCGGAGCCUCUCCUCAACACGGGCGAGAUCGCGGGCAUUGUCGUAGGCGCCGUGGUCCUCCUGCUGCUCAUCCUCCUCGUGGUGGGCAUCGUCAUCCGCCGACGCCGAACGAGAACCGAGGACGUCACCCUCAGGAUGCGAGGACCGAGGAGCUCCAACGAAUAGGGGCGAAAGGAGGAGCACCCGCGAGUUCGGACCUUCGGCGGCGCGGGGGGACCUUCGACGCCUCCACCCGGGAGUUCGCUAGACACGUCAUGGUCCUCGGAGUUCUCAGCGACGACAACCUGGACUUCAGGGUCGGCUGAGGACCCUCCCUAUAAAGCGCCGGAGUCUGCCCCGAGCAGCGCUUCCAGCUCGAGGUCUUCGGUUGACUUCGGUUUCUGGAGAGUGACGUUCCUGGGACCGCAUUCAAUCUUUACCGUCACAAGAUGCCAAAAUUAAAUCUAGACAAUCAAGCGGCCUCUCUCCUUCUCUCUCUUUCUCUCUCUCUCUCUCUCUCUCUCUCUAUCUAUCUAUUUAUCUCUAUUUCUCUCUCUCUCUCUCUCUCUCUCUCUCUCUCUCUCUCUCUCUCUCUCUCUCUCUCUCUCUCUCUCUCUCUCUCUCUCUCUCUCCCUCUCUCUCUCUCGUUCUGAAUGUCUUUGUAUCUGAUUAACUUACUAAAAGAUUUGGCUUCCUUGGGUGUUCCUUCGUAAUUCCUCCGUGAGCUUCGCUGAGCUCAUAGGGUUUGGUCCUUCAGUAUGAACGGUCGUGUUAUGUAUUUUAUGUAGCAAUGUAUAUCGUUUUUUUCUUCAAAUAUGGUUAAGAAAAAUUUGCCAGGGUCAAUUAUCAAAUAAAAUAAGUUGUGUAUAUAUACAUACAUACAUACAUACACAUGCAUACAUACACACACACACACACACACACACACACACACACACAC